GGUUUUGGGGUCCCUGGGUUUGUAUUGUGGAUUCCUGCAGUGAUUUGAAGGUCCCUGGAUGGGUUUAGGGGGCUCUAGGCCAGUUUUGGGGUCCCUGGACUGGUUUGGGGUCUGUGAACUGGUUUUGGGGUUCCUAGACUGGUUUAGGGAACGCUGGGAUGGUUUUAGGGUGUCCCUGGAGUAAUUUUGGGGUUUCUGGACUCAUUUAGGCAGGUUUGAGGGACCCCUGGACUGCUUUAAGGGGCUCUGGGCUGAUUUUGGGGUCACUGAAUGGGUUUGGGAAAUCCCCAGAGUGAUUUUGGGGUCCCUGAACUGCUUUCAGGUGUCCUUGGACUGGUUUGGGGGUCCCCGGAGUGAGUUUGGGGUGUCCCUUGACUGGUUUGGGGGAGUUUUGGGGUCCCUGGACUCGUUUGGAGGUCCCUGGACUGAUCUGGGGUGUCCCUGAGUGGGUUGAAGAGUUUUGGGGGGAGGUCCCUGGGGUGAUUUUGGGGUCCCUGGAUUGGUUUGAGAGACGCUAAACUGGUUUAAGGGGUCGCUGGACUGGUUUUGGGGGAUCCUUGGACUGGUUUAGGGGGAUCCCUGGACUGUAUUAGGGGGUUGCUGGAGUGAUUUAGGGGAAUUCCUGGAUUGGUGUGAGGUGGUUUUAUGGUCUCUGGACUGAUUUUGGGGUCCCUGGACUGGUUGGGAGCUCCUUGGGUGGAUUUGGGAGGUCCCUGGAGUGAUUUAGGGGAGUCCCUGGAUCAGUUUGGGGGUCUCUGGUCUGGUUUUGGGGUCCCUGGACUGGUUUGGAGCUCCCUGGGUGGAUUUGGGAGGUCCCUGGAGUGAUUUAGGGGAGUCCCUGGAUCAGUUUGGGGGUCUCUGGUCUGGUUUUGGGGUCCCUGGACUGGUUUGGAGCUCCCUGGGUGGAUUUGGGAGGUCCCUGGAGUGAUUUAGGGGAGUCCCUGGAUCAGUUUGGGGGUCUCUGGACCGGUUUUGGGGUCCCUGGGCUUGUUUGGAGGUCCCUGGAGUGAUUUAGGGGAGUCCCUGGAUUGGUUUGGGGGUCUCUGGACCGGUUUUGGGGUCCCUGGUCUGGUUUGGGGAGGUCUGGGGGAUCCCUGGAGUGGUCUGGGGUCCCUGGGCAGGUUUUGGGGUCCCUGGCUGAGGUCAGGGCUCUUUUGGGGGUGCUACAGGACCCAAAUUUUUGGGAAAUCUCCACUCAGACUCCCCCGCACAACAAACACCCGCUUUGCCUCCCUUCCCCCACCCCGUUUCUCUCACAGGUUCCAUUUCCGGCGGGAAAUCCCUGGAUUAGGGAAACAUUCCCGGAAUUCCACCAUGGCACCCUCACGCAGCCGCUCCUCCACCCAAAUCCCACCCUGCAUUCCCAAGCGCCAACUCCCGCCGGGAUAUUCCGAUUCCCUCCUUUUCCUCUGCGCCCGCCGCAUCGUCGCCCACCACCCCCUUCCCAUCCUUCCCGCCCUUCCCGCCCACCUCUAUCCCAUCCUUUUCCAAGCGGCAUUUCUGGAUGGGAGACCCCUGGUCCUGCGGGAUUUGGUGGCUGCUUGGCCUUUCCCGGUGCUCAACUUCCAGCGGCUGGUGGGGCGCCGGGAGCUGCUCCGGGAUCAUCCCUGCAAGCUCUGCGUCCAGGCCGUCAUCCUGGCCGUGGUGGCGCAGCUCCGGCGGGAGCUGGAAGAGCCCGACCGCGAUUCCAGCGGGUGCCGCCUGCGGGUGCUGGACGUGACGGGAGUUCCGGACGAUCCGGCCGGCCGCGCUCCGGACGGGAUGAGCGUCUGGUCCGGCACCGUGGCUUUGGCCAAGGCUUGCGUGGAGGUUUCCAAGCACCAGCGGGAAUUCCAGAGGCGCGGAUCCAAGCGGCACAAAGGCCGCUCCGGAGCCGCCACGGCCGCAGCCGCUCCGCAGCCCCCGGGCGUCGACGUCCACGCCGACCUGUUCGUCAACGGAACGUCCUACGGGAUCCUGCGCGACGCGCUCCAGACCGGAGCCGCCAGCCCGCUGCGCCUCAAGUGCCGCGAAUUCCAAGCGGAAAAGCUCUCCCUGGCCGGGAUCGUGAGCCUGCUGGAAUCUUUGGAUCCUUCCUGCGUGCGGAGGGUGGAUCUGCGCUUCCGGAAUUUGGGAUUGACCGGGCUCUCGGUGAUCCUGCCGCAUCUCUCGCGCUUCCCGGAGCUGCGCAGCCUCAAGCUCCAGUACAGCAACGUGGACGUGCGGCGCCCGACGCCAGAAUCGGCCAUCGGGAUCCGGUGCCUGGCCGGGCAGCUGGGAAUGCUGCCCAGCCUCCGGGAGCUCAACCUGGGAUCCUCCCGGCUCUCCGGGAAUCUGCGCCAGAUCCUCUGCGACCUCCAGGCUCCGUUGGAAAGCUUGGAAUUGGCCUUCUGCUCCCUCGUUCCCGCCGACCUCGCCUUCCUCUCCCAAAGCUUCCACGCUCCCGCCCUCAAAAGGUUGGAUCUGAGCGGCCACGACUUCUCCCAAGGCCUCCUGGAGCCGCUCCGGCUGCUCCUGGAGGAAACCUCGGCCUCGCUGCUGCACCUGGAUCUCAUGGAAUGCCGCAUGGCCGACUCCCACCUGGACGCGCUGCUCCCGACGCUCCGGCGCUGCUCCCGCCUGCGCUUCCUGGGACUCUACGGCAAUUCCCUGUCCACGGCCGCGCUCAAGGAUCUGCUCCAGAAAACCCUGGAGCUGCCCGAUCUCCACCUGGUCGUGUAUCCCUUCCCCGUCGAUUGCUACAAGCCGGAGCCUCCGCGCCGAGUCCCGGGAUCCCGACGGAUUUACGAGGAACCCAUGGAUGGGGAACGGUUGGCGGCGGCCACCGCGGAGAUUUCCCAGCUGUUGGCGAAUUCCGGGAGAACCGACCUCGUCUGGACUUACAAUCCCUACGGCCACGGAGCCCUGGACUACUUCUCCUUGUGACUCGGGAAAUGCUCGGAGCCUCCAUCGCGGAAAAGCGCCGCCUCUUCCUUCCCAAAAUCCAGGCAUUUUCUGCCUCAUCCUGGUGCUUUUCCGCCUCAUUCCAGUGUUUUUUCCCUUUAUUUCGGUGCUUUUCUGCCUGAUUUCAGUAUUUUUCCAGCUCAUCCCACUGUUUUUCGGCCCCA